AUGCGUGGGCCGCCUCCUCAGUCUGACCAUUGGUCACAUCCGAAUGAGAGCGUCUACAAGACCCCGAAGCGUUUCAAUGAAUGGCGUCAACCGCAACAUCCUCAAUUGCAUAACGAUGCCAGAUCUACGGACUACAAUCAUUUCUCGCCGAGUGCUCAGCAUGCUGCGUCAGGAGUGCCAAUGUUCGGAGACCACUGGCCACUACAUGACCUCGCCUUCGGCGGUAUGGCUGUGCCCGCAGACUCAAUGCCCACCUCUGCUGCACCACCCACCCACUUUCAAUAUGUUGAGUAUGAUCACACACUCCAUCCACCCGAUAGAUUGCACAUCCAUUACUCAGUUGCUCCACCCCCAAUUUAUGAGCCUGCUUCUGCCGCAGCCUAUUCAUCGCAGCCUAUUCCGCCUAAGCCAACUUCAGAGCCAGAGCAAACCACUCAAGGCGUUCUUGACAAUGAGGCCAAUCUGGAGAAGAUGAGACAAGAGCGUGAAUUGGUCUUUGGAAAGGCAGCCACAGAGCUUGAUCGAGUCAAGUGUGACACUGGUUCAUCUGUCUCGUCUAACAAAGCCUGGGAGGAUGCCUGGGAAACUCUGCGCGAACAAAUGACAAAGAUGUGA